AUGAAGGAAAAUCCAAACCUGUUGGAGGACCAGACCGGAUGCUCGCAGUCGCGCUAUUGCAUCCAGAUUUUUGCUAUAUCUUUGAAACCUCGGCAUCCCUCUCCUAGCGUAUGCACGGAACUAGCUAUCGUAAUAUUCGUGAACGCAUUGCGAAUGCGGCUUUCACCCCGUUUAUACGCGGCGGCCACUGCGGAUGGUUUUCGGACUGCUUCCCGUUCUGGUCUGAUGUCCGCUUGGCAGUGCCUCAGUUUCGUUCAACCUGGAAGCCAAGAUUUUACGAGUGAACUGCAUCGAACAAGUACGAAAAGAAUCCCUGCGAUCAAUAGACCUGAUCACUUACUGAUUCGUGUGGAGGCCGCAUCAUUGAACCCUGUGGAUUUGCUAGGCUUAUACGGCUACGGUUCCCGGACGUUCUGGCUUACUGGUCUGUUUGGGUCUCGCCUUGGGUUGCUGGGAACGCAUUCUCCGAAUGGGUUCGAUCACCCCAGUUUCCCAUGGAUUCCCGGUCGAGAUUUCGCCGGCACCCUUGUACGUACUGGUCCGUCCGCAUCUAAUGGUUGCUGUGAAUCACACACCUUUAAACUCCACGACCGAAUCGCCGGUGCCACAUGGCCGUUUUUAAGCACAAGCGGCUCCGGUUCUUUGAGCGAAUACAUCCUGUGUCCCGCUAGUUAUGCAGCUGUUAUACCAGAUAAUGUGGGUUCCGUUGAAGCCGCCUCGAUCGGUUAUGCUGGUCUCACUGCGUGGUCCGCUUUGGAAACCGGAGGCUUGACACCUCGCACAAAGUCUCCAUUCAAUUCUCCAGUCGUUUUGAUCGCAGGCGCUACCGGAGGCGUGGGACUGAUUGCUGCGCAGUUAGCCAAACUUUGGGGUGCUCGCGUUCAUGUAACCUGUCCAGCAGAUGAUGCCUCACAGAAAAUUAUGAAAGAGUUGGAUGUAGAAGAGGUAGUCACAUUUCCGGAUCGUCCGCCUUACGGAAUGAAGUAUGACCUGAUUGUCAAUUGCAUACGCCCUCCGAGCUUGUCAAAACUCCAGUUUAGUGCCGACAGCAUUACUCCGGGUACUGUUGCUCAGUUCGCGCUACCCAGUGUGCCUGAUCUGUUCGAAUAUUUAAAACCAGAUCUUUCUGCGCGCUUCGUCAAUUUGAACUCCCCGAUUAUACUCCUAACGGAUAAAUUUGGACCACUUUUUGGCCCUGGGAUGGCUGUUGCGCAACUCGUCGGAUCCCAGCUUCUCGCCUGGAGUCCUGGUUCCGGCUCCGGGUGCGGCCAGCUUCGCUGGGCCUUCUUCAAGCCGGAUGGUAGACGUCUAGCACGUAUGCUCCACUGGGUUUCUACUGGUGAGCUCAAGACUUACAUCGAUUCGGUGUUCUCGUUUGACCAAGUCCCUGAGGCGUUUACUCGGUUGAAAACCAGGGGUGUUCGUGGCAAAGUAUGUAUAAAACUACCUUCCUGA